AUAUGAGUCAAUCUGACCGUCGGAUCGGGUUUGUUUGGUGCCGGACAGGAUGGCGGGAAGGGCGAUGAAGAAACUAGCACUUGCGGUGCUGGGAAGUUUGCUAGGGCUGUGCACCGUACUGGUACAGGGCAGUGAGGUUGAUAGUGAAACUGCGCUUACCGCACGAUCGGAUCAGUACUACGAUGAGAUGUGGUAUCGAUUCUGGACCUUUCCUGUGACGAUGGCCAUCAAGGCGAAGGUGGUGGCGUGGCUGUUGUUCAUCACGUACUUUAGCACGAUCAUGCAGGCACUGGUGUAUCAACGAACGGAACCCCAACUGCCGGAAAUAUAUUCCGUGCCGGCCCACGGCGAUUGGGGACAUCCGCCGAUCUUCACAAGUUGGGGCUAAACUCGUCAACGAUUCAGCGAAGCAAGGAUCACCACUAAGACUGAAACGUUCAAGUGUAUUUAUUUAAACAUAAUAAAAUUGUGCCUAUUUCUUUGAACUCUGUUUUCUAUUGCUUAUGAAACUACUUGCUAUUUACUAUGUAAUAAUAUGUGUAACGUGUACUUACUAAUAGUAACGUGUUUACUUAGCACCUUUCCCUUUGAUGCAAAAUAAUUUUCACAUUGCAUUACGCAGUGCGACGGAGGCACGAUGAUGGAAAGUCACCGUGUCACGCAAGAUGAAUUCGUUAGUUUCCUUUGGCUCGUUGAACGUUCAACAACCAUUCGUGAUAGUGAUAGUAGGAUCAAGGAUGUUCUGGGGAUUUAU